AUCAACACCACAGCGUCGACUUACCGUCUUCUUGCGAGAUACCAUCUACACACCUCUCAAGCCCCCAGCAGCAGCAUAUCAUCAUGGGUGCCAACCAAUCCAGGCCUUCCGAUGCUGCCAUCAACGAAAAGCUCAUCGAGCGGCUACAAGCUCUCCACAUGAAAGAUGAACGCCCCAUGAAUGAGAAGGAUGGCUAUAUCGUUGUUGGAGGGGAAGCCCCGUCCAAAUAUACACCGGGCGCAAAACACCACCAAGAUGUAUCUGCCGCCUCUAUCGGCGAGUGGGAGAGAGAGCUCAUGGAAGACCCAAAGAACCGACUAGCCCUUGCAGCUCUCAGCUCCAACCCAGCCAACGCCGUACUAUCCUCGCGAUCAGCCACAAUCUCAGACACCCAGAACUUCAACAUCAAGAUCCCAGUCGAAGGCUCCCCCGUCACCAACCAAGCUUCUUCUGGUCGGUGCUGGCUCUUCGCUGCCACCAACGUGUUCCGUAUCGCGAUAAUGAAGAAACACAAGCUCUCUGAAUUCCAGCUGUCACAGGCAUAUCUGUUCUACUGGGAUAAGAUCGAGAAGGCCAACUACUUUCUCGAGAGCAUACUUGAUACCAAGACUGAAGAGAUAGAUAGCCGCAUCGUGCAAGCACUCAUGGCGAGCCCGGUUGGCGAUGGAGGACAGUGGGACAUGGUUGCCAACCUCGUGCAGAAAUAUGGCCUCGUGCCUCAGUCACUAUAUCCAGACUCGUACAAUGCCACCAACUCAUCAACUAUGGACCGUCUAAUCACCACCAAGCUCCGCGAAGAUGCCGUCCGCCUACGCUCCAUCGCAACGAGCGCCACGUCGCCUGAAGUCAUACAGGCUACCAUAGCUACUGAGAAGGAGAAAAUGCUGCGAGAGAUUCAUCUAAUCCUAACUCUGAUGCUCGGUCCUCCGCCGCCCUCCGACAAGGCCUUUACCUGGGAAUACUACGACAAGGACGGCAAUCUCUGCACCUUACGCACUCGCCCCACCGCCUUCGCCAAAGAACUUUCCGACAAUAAGACUGUUCGAGCUCUCUCGGGUACAGACGUACAUCAGCUCUUCUCCCUCGUCAACGACCCUCGGAACCCAUACAAUCGUCUCCUCAGCGUGAAGCGCCUCGGGAACGUGUGGAACGGCCGACCAGUGACCUACGUCAACGUUGAUAUGAAGAUCAUCAAGGAAGCGUGCAUCGCCACGCUCAAACGAGGUAUACCGGUCUUCUUUGGCUCAGAUGUUGGAAAAUACUCCGACUCGACCAAAGGUAUCAUGGACACAAAUCUCUUCGAGUAUGAACUCGGUUUCAAUAUCAAACUCGGGUUGUCCAAAGCGGAGCGCUUACAGACUGGCGAAAGUCAGAUGACGCAUGCCAUGGUCUUGACAGCGGUGCAUGUUGUUGAUGGGAAGCCAGUAAGGUGGAGAGUAGAGAACUCGUGGAGUGAUAGAGUGGGUGACAAGGGAUACUUUGUCAUGAGUGAUGCGUGGAUGGACCAGUUUGUGUACCAAGUCGUUGUUGACCCAAGUGUUGUCAAUGCGACUAUUCGGAAGGUCUUGGGGCAGAAGCCAAAGAUGCUGGAGUUGUGGGAUCCGAUGGGCGCUUUGGCUUGAACACGUGCCUGUUUCAUGGUGGCGUCUUUUUGGUAGCGUGCGUCCUUCUGCAGUGAUAUGUCUUUUUGAGCAAGUAUAAUGCAAGUAAUGCGAUGAACAUGUCAUGAGUAUAUACAGAACUUCUGACAUCUGAAAUGGCCCGAAAGAAUGUUUUAGGAGUGUAUGCGUGAUGGGUGCCCAUGAUGAGCCAAUGGCUGAGGUCUGGCUUCGCUUGAAAGUACGACAAGUAAUACCGCCCUAACGCUAUCAAUGUUGCUUUUUAUUUACUUAUGAGAAGAUGCUCGUUGUUGUUGUUGUUGUUGUUGUUGUUGAUUUCGUGUCUCGUUAAUCGGAUGGCUCAAUAUCGGAGCCACUGAAAGUCAUCAUGUGCUAGAACUAGGUUAUGCCCUUCACCCCAC